UCUUUUGAUCUAUCUCAAUAUUGCGCAGAAACCAGACAGGUGGCUUGAUUCAUGGACGAAGUGAUAAGUAAUGGAUAUAGAUGAGCAUCACUGAUUGACAUGUAUUUGACUGGAUUUUAGCUUUUGGCCUCUCUUUCUCGUUUCGUUGGCAACAUAGGAUGGAUCUUGAACAAAGUUUAUUGAUUCUUAUGAAGUUUGAUUUGCCAGAUGGAUGCUUUCCCUUUCCAAAUUGUUUCUAGCGUUUGCAUAAAAAAAAAUGCUUCCAAGUAUUGUUUAUCUGUUUUAAGCAUCAAUUUAUAAGUCGUUUUCUUAAAUUUGUGAUAUUGUGAGCCUAGAGUCAUCUGGAUGACUUCGGUCUCUGCCAGUUGCCACUUGUGAAAGCCUUGGAAAGUUGGGAAUUUGAAAUUUUAUUAGCUCUUAGGAAGGGAGAUAGAUACAGGUUUGGGAAUGUGGAACACUUUUUGUAAUCUCAUCUCUUUAGCUAAUAGCAACUCGUGGUUCUCAAGGUAAUAUGACUGAAAGCUCAAGUUCGAGUUUGAAUAGCAGCUUCCAGGACACUGAGGAUGAUCAUACAAUUGCUAGAAUCUUGGCAGAGGAAGAAAACUCGAAGUUUGAUAACAAGCUUGGGAAGAGACUCUCUCAUCUGGAUUCCAUCCCUCAUACUCCUCGGGUUAAUGGAGAGAUACCAAACGUGAAUGAUGCAACCUUAGACCAUGAGCGGCUCUCAGAAAGACUGGUCACAUAUGGUUUAGCGGAGCUACAGAUGGAAGGUGAUGGGAAUUGCCAGUUUCGGGCAUUGGCAGAUCAGUUAUUUCGAAAUCCUGAUUACCACAAGCAUGUAAGAAGAGCAGUCAUCAAACAGUUAAAGAAAUUCAGAAAAAUAUAUGAAGGCUAUGUUCCAAUGAAGUACAAAAGCUACCUCAAGAAGAUGAAAAAAUCAGGGGAAUGGGGAGAUCAUGUUACUCUACAAGCAGCUGCAGACAGAUUUGCUGCAAAGAUCUGUUUAGUCACAUCUUUCCGAGACACCUGUUACAUUGAGAUCCUUCCCAAAGACAAUAAUCCCAACAAAGAACUUUGGCUUAGCUUUUGGUGUGAAGUGCAUUAUAAUUCGCUGUAUGCCAGUGGAGAUCUUCCCUCGAGAACGCCUAGACGAAAGCAUUGGCUUUUCUAGAUCUUCACUUCUGGUCAGUUGUCACCUUCCUUUCCUCAUGAUUUCUUGUGUAAGAAACCUUGGAAAGUAGCUUAACACAAGAAUAUGCCAUAUAGUUUUCUUCAAAACGAAAGGACUGUCUUCUUACCUUGAGGACAGAAAAGUGGCUCGCUCGCAGACUUGUGUAACAGAAUAUAUAAGCAUAGCAAUAUAGCAUUAGCAUGUAUUAUUCAUACACACAAACCAGAAAAAGAAAUAGGAAUUUUUAUAGAUUCCAGAUCCUCUUAAUUGUUUGGUAUAGUUUUGCAAGAACAUUAUCAUUGAAUUGUUCAUCACCCAUCACGUGCGCAUGUGUCUGUAUAUAUUGGAGUGAGUCGAAGCUUUGCUCCUGCUCAUUUUAUGUCAAUCUUCUUUCUUCUUUAGAAA